UUUUGCUUUCAUUUUUUAGCCACAAAAAAUGCUUUCAAAUUUAAGGAUUUAUCCUCAUGUGAUGAAGAAUGGAGCAUCAUUUUGGUGGUUCUUUAUUUUCUUGGCAUUCCAUGUCUUCUCCGUCUAUUGUACCUUCUCCUCCACGGACGAUUGGGUGAGCAUCGACUGUGGCAACGACAAUUUUUUUUUCGAUGACGCUUCAGUUUUAUGGGACUUGGACGAUCUCUACACCGACGCCGGAAUCAACCAAAAAAUCCGAAUAAAUCAAAAUCAACCGCUCGAAAUUUUGAACACGCUCCGAUCUUUCCCUUCCUCAAGCCAACAGAGUUGCUACAAAUUUCAGACUUACCAACAAAAUCUACGGUACCUCGUAAGAUCGGGAUUCCUCUACGGCGAUUACGACGGCCUGAAUCGGCCGCCAGCAUUCGAUCUGCUUCUCGACGGCAAGAAAAUGUCAGCGAUCGAGCCGGCAUCGGCGACGGAGAUCAUAAUGGACGAAUUAGUUUAUACAUCGGAGGGAUCCGGAUUUAUGAAUCUCUGUUUGGCACAGAGGAAAGACGGCGGAGUUCCGUUCAUUUCUUCGAUUCAGGCUAUUCCAACGGGCGAUGAUUUGUACUCGAAGAUGGCAUCGAACGAAACCUUUCGGCUUAUUGCUCGGAUUAACUAUGGGAGAGAUGAUCAAGAAAAAAGGAUUUUAUCACCCGGCGAUGAUUACGAGAGGGUUUGGACAUUGGGAACAACUCCCCCAAACUGCAACAACGUAUCGGCAAUUGCCGAUUUCGAAUCGCCGGAAAACGAUCCUCCGCCGUUCAUCCUAGAGGAAGCCAUUGAAUCCGUCAACGCUUCUUCUCCGAUCACCCUCACCGUCGAUUUCCCCAAAUCCUCCUCGCCAUCCCAAUCGGCUUACUUCGUUCUCUAUUUCACCGAAGUGGAGGAUUUUCUUAACGAGAAGAACAGAACCAUCGACAUCUUCAUCAAUUCAGUGCUAAUGUCCACGAUUACUACUAGCAUUCAUAAAUGUACGGUGGUUACUCUGUUCCCGGUUGCUGUUAACGCGUCGACGGUGAACGUGAUGCUUGCUGCUGCAAAUUCCUCCGCCGGCUUCCCACCAUUGAUCAGUGCUAUGGAGGUUUUCACCAAAGUUAUCGCCACCGGCGGCGGGCCGUCGAUGCACUUUACUUUCUUGUCCUCUGUUUUGAUGCUUUGCGUCUCUGUUUUGGCCAAUUUAUGGUGAUUACGACUCUUUUGAGCACACAGAAUGUUGCUUUAAAAAGUUAAAUUACAAAUUUCCUAUGAUUUUCAAAAUAUAUUUUUUAAUUCUGAAGUUGUUUUGAAGAAUAUUUUUAU